GAUGAGUAGGGUUUUGGUUUGGGCACGCCUUCUAUCCUCGCGCCGCCGCCGCUGUCGCCGUCUACGCCGUGCGCCGCUGCCCGUUAGUCCUCUCGAACAUCAACCAUGGCGGAGCAGACAGAGAAGGCUUUCCUCAAGCAGCCUAAGGUUUUCCUCUGCUCGAAGAAGGCCGCCAAGGGGAAUAAGCCUGGCAAGGGUGGCAACAGGUUCUGGAAGAACAUUGGCCUUGGUUUCAAGACUCCCAGGGAAGCCAUCGAAGGAACCUACAUUGAUAAGAAAUGCCCAUUCACUGGCACUGUGUCAAUUAGAGGCCGCAUCAUUGCUGGAACAUGCCAUAGCGCCAAAAUGAACAGGACCAUCAUUGUUCGUAGGAACUACCUUCACUUUGUCAAGAAAUAUCAGAGGUAUGAGAAGAGGCACUCUAACAUCCCCGCCCACAUUUCCCCUUGCUUUCGUGUGAAGGAAGGAGACCAUGUGAUUAUUGGCCAGUGCAGGCCACUGUCCAAGACGGUGAGGUUUAAUGUGCUGAAGGUUAUCCCUGCCGGGUCAAAGAGUGGUGCAGUGAAGAAGGCAUUCACUGCUGCCUGAGGAAGAGGAAUACAUCAAAGAUUCUGAAAGAUAUAGAUCAUGAGAAGAUUCUGAAAGUUAUAGAUCAUGAGAAGAUUGCGAAAGUUAUAAGAUCACGAGAUUUUGAUGUCAGUUUCUAUAUGCCAUUUGUACUAGGAUUUUUGACUCAGAGAAAUAUGUGCGAAGUUAAAAGUCAAAUGUGCUGAAUUCAGCAAUAUUGUGAAGAGCAAAAUCUUGAGUGACGUAUUUAAGGCUUUGUUUCAGUUGAACGAUUA